GGGAUGCCGCUGGUGGCCGCUUCACUUCCAGAGCCGUUACAGCUGACACUCGCUCCGGAUGCCUCCAACGACACGACCUGUGUUUUCUGGAACGAGACCUUGCAGCGGUGGUCUGCUGAAGGUGUUACCCGCGUGCAGGGCAGAGGUCGGGAGCUUGUUUGUGAAACGACGCACCUCUCCAUUUUCGCUGGCAUCGAGGGGUUCCUGACCGAAAUGGCCCUGAGCUUUCAGUGCAACAAUGCAUUGCUCUUGUUCUCACGUGAAGCAGCUGCUUCUUUGGUCACCUCCGGGGACUGGGCCAUGCAAGUGCCAAGCAUUAUUUUCUUCGCCAUCUUGGCCUUGCUCCUGGCAG